GAUUUAUGCAUGUAUCUGUUUCUAUUAAUGUAGGAAACAAGAAUGCUCCACUUAUUGCUGAAAACGAAGGGCUGAGUCACGAAAACAAGCUACUGGAGGAAGAACUGGCGAGACUUGAAAGUGAACCGUCAAAGCUUGAAGCAUUAGUGGAACAAAAGAGAACACUAGAGCUCGACAAGACUAAAUUCGAGACCUACAUCACUGAUCUCGAGAAGCAUCGUCUCAAACUUGAGGAAAGAAAAAUUCAGAACGAAGAAGAAUUGAAUGAUCUCAGUAAGUGCAGUGUGGUGUCUUGAGGCAUCCUCUUACACUUGCGUAGGGUGAACUACCCCUCCAAUGUACAAGCCCUAUCCUGAGUAUGUCCAGUUAGGUCACCCCAAUCGUGAAACUCAACUCACUUUCACAGAAAAACCCUACCGCUUAUACGCUGACCUUUAGAUAAGCCCAUUUACUUGUGUAAUGUUUAUAGAUCACUUCAGUACGUACGUACGUAUAAUAUAGUCCAUGCAAUACUUCUGCCUCACCCCCUCCCCCGCUAUAUUAGCGUCCAUGUAUAAGUCCAUUUGUA